CUGCGCAUUUCAGGUGAUCGAUGAUUCAUAGGAUAUAAAUUCCGUCAUUAUAUCAAAAAGUAAAUCACUAUUAUAAUUUAUAACUCAGUCAUGAUUUCAUAAUAUUCGACGCGUAUUUUCUAUUAACUAUCCGUAACAUAAUAUUCGUUUUCAUCAUUCUAACAUGGAAAUUGAAAGGUCAGAGCUAAAUAGUUUGAAGGUUAGAGACUUUAGCCUCGUCGUUCACUUUGAAAGUGGUCGUUAUGAGAAUGAAAGACUUUUGAAAGACUGUGAGGAAAGCCUUUGUGACUAUAACAUUGUCGAAAGUACAGCAAACUUUGUAAGUCUAAAAGAAAACAACAAACGCUUAAUCGAUUUAAUGGAAACUCAGAAAGCCAUCGAUGAAGAUCUCUUUAUCCUAGCGGAAGCAUUACUAAGCAAGCUAGAAAACCAAGAAGUUUUAAGCAAUUAUAGAGACUGGAUCAGUUACUUUAAUAAGUUCUUAAGAGCUGAAUUAGAUGCGAAUACGUGGUUCAAAGCCCAAAGAGCCGUUUAUAACAAAAUAGCAAAUAAAUUGGUAAACUAUGCAGAAUCAGAGAAAGAAUAUAUUUUAGAAUUGGAAAAGGCUCUUAAAAAUAUCAAAAUGACUCUCUACCAAUACGAAGUGUUGAUUUUGUUAAAAUUGAAAAGCAACAUUGAAUUUCAUGGCGAUGUACGUCAAACUAAAACACAGGCACAAGACAAACUCGAUUCAUUUCCUAAGGACAUGCAAAUUUUCAAAAAUCCAUUACAACAACUCUUCAGUUCUCUUGAUGCCUUGAUGCCUUAUCAACAGAAUAAAUAGUCGGUCAUAUAACAACUUCAGCUAGAGGUGUAUUUUAUUAUUAUUUGGAGGGUGUAUUUUAUUAUUAUUUGGAGGGUGUAUUUUAU